UUCACCCAUGGAGCUCUUUUUGACGGAUGGAAAACGCGAAUAAACGUACGUGUUCAUUUAGGAGGACAACAAAAUAGAUGGAAAAAUUUCGAAGAUUUUCUGUUCAUUUGUUGUCCUUAUAAAAAUGCGAGGAAGAAGAAUUAUUUUACUUGUUUUCGUCACUUUUUUUGUUUAUAAGGAUGAGGUGUUUAGCACGGGAGUAUCGAAGGAUGAAGAAAAAGACGAAAAAGAGCAUUUGCAUUUGACAAGUCAAGAUAUAGCUGCAAAGGAUAUGAACAUAAAUGUUAAUCUUGGCAAUGUACAAAAGAUAAAUGAUGAAAAUGAUCCAGAAACGAUUGAAAAUUUGAACAGAAAGACACCAUUACUUCUCCAAACGAAAAAGCCAAGCAAAUUGAGGAAGAUACCAAUAAAAAACUGAUACUUUUGUGAUUGGAAGUAAUGAAGGCAAUGUUAGAGAACCAAACACUGAAAAAAUAUAUGAAAAACCUACAGACAAAGAAACUAAAGAAUUUAAAACAGAAGAACACAUUACAACUGAUUAUAAAAAUAAAGAUAUUUCUGCAGAAGCUUCAAAAUACAAGGAAAAGGCUUACAGUCAUAAAUUAUUGGAUGACAGUAUAUCAUCACUGGAUGAGAAAGUUUUGAUCAAAACACACGAUGAUACAUCAGAAGAUAUUGACAGAAUUGUCAUAAUGGAGCAAGAUGUUGCUCAAGAAAAGCAAAGUGAUGAUGCAAUGAAACAAUUUACUAAAUCUAAACAUAAGAAUAUACUAUUGCAUGAAAGUGUUGGUUUAAAAGACGGCAAUUUUAUGUCUUAUCAAGAUAAGAAAUCAAAAGCAAAGGAAAAGAUGAGUGAUGAUCAAGAUGAUAAAUCCAUGGAUAAUUAUGAUAGUAUAGAGGAACAAGAUGAUGUGUCAAAGGAUCAAGAUCUGAAAUCUGAGGUUAAAAAAGAGAUUAUGGAUAACAAAGAUGACAUGCCCAUUGGACAAGAUGAUGGUAUGAAGAAUAAAAAAAAUGAUGUAUUAGAGGAACAAGAUGAGAAAUCUGAGGUUGAGAAAGACCCCUAUGAUGAUGAAGAUGAUGAUGAUGUACCCAUUGGUCAAGAUAAUGGCAAUGACAAGCAGGAUGAUGUAUCUGACGACGAGAAUGGUGUUGUGAAUGAAGUCUAUGAGGAUGAAGAUAACUUGUUGGAUGAAUCAGAAUUUGUGGAGGAUCCUCUACUGGAUGAUGAUGAUGAUGAUGAUGAUGAUGAUGUAUUAAGUGAGAAUCCACAAUCUGAAGAUGAAAUUGUAGACACUGACAUAGUAGACACUGACACAUACAAUGAAAUCUCGGAUGAAACAAUAGAAUUACCAAUCAUUGAAGUCAAUUCAUAUGAAAUUUUAGAUGAUGGAAAACAGUUACCAAAGGACUCAAUUGCUCCAGCUUCAAAUAAUCAUGAUGACGAUGAAAGUGUAUCAGAAUAUGAUUCAAAACAAGAUGAAAAGAAAGAAAAUGACCAAGACAGUCUAUCUUUAACUGUCACCAAAGAAAGUCCUUUAUUAUCAACCCAAAGUUCUUCAACGUUAAAAAAAGAAAAUCCAGCCUCUUUGUCUGAUCCAGGCUCUUCUAUUCAUGAGGCGGAAAAUGUGAAAGAAGCUCAUUUGGGACAACAGUUAUAUGAUGAAGCAAUGGCAUUAAUCAACAACUCCAAAACUAAGACGAAUUCAAGAAUAAUCCCCCUUCUUGAUAAAGCAGCAAAUGAGCACAGACAUCAAAAAUCUCAGGAAGAGCUUGGCGAGAUUUACAUGUUUGGCAAUGGUACCGGUCAAAAUUUUUCUCGAUCUUUCGAGUUGCUUGAGAUGGCAGCAAAUAGUGGCUCACCAAAGGCACAGCAGAUGCUUGGAUUCAUGUACGCAUCUGGUAUGAGUGUUAAUUCGAGUCAGAGCAAAGCUCUAGUCUAUUUUACAUUUGCCGCUUUGGGAGGUGAAACCAUGGCUGAAAUGACUUUGGGCUAUCGAUACUUCUCUGGAAUAACAGUUCAAGAAAACUGCGAAACGGCGCUAACUUAUUAUAGAAGGGUGUCUAGCAAAGUUGUUGGCGACAUUUCUACGAUUGGUGGACCCGCAAUUCAACGUAUACGUUUAUCGGAUGAAGUAGAUCAGACAAGUAACAGUGCAAUGUUGGAUGAAGAUUUGAUCCAGUAUUAUCAGUUUUUGGCUGAGAAAGGAGAUGUCCAAGCUCAGGUUGGUAUAGGUCAGUUGCAUUUUCAUGGAGGCAGGGGAGUAGAGCAGGAUUUUGCGAGAGCGCAUCGUUACUUUCAAAUGGCCGCAGACACAGGGAAUUCAAACGCUUUCGCUUUCUUAGGAAAGCUUUAUUCUAACGGCAACAGUGCAGUUAAAGCCAACAAUGAAACAGCCAUGAAAUACUUCAAAAAGGCUGCGGAAAUGGGUAACCCCGUUGGUCAAAGUGGUGUUGGUUUGAUGUACUUGUUUGGAAAAGGCGUACCUAAGGAUUAUGCGUUGGCUAUCAAGUAUUUCAAACUAGCAGCUGAUCAAGGUUGGGUCGAUGGACAACUUCAGCUUGGAACGAUUUAUUAUCAUGGCCUUGGAGUAAAGAGAGACUACAAGCAAGCUUUCAAGUUUUUUAAUCUUGCAUCUCAGUCUGGUAAUAUUCAAGCUCUUUAUUUUUUGGGAAUGAUGUAUUCAUCUGGAACUGGUACAAUAAGAUCUUGUCGCACAGCGACAGAACUUUUCAAGAACGUCGCCGAGCGUGGUAAAUGGUCGGUUAUGUUAAUGGACGCUUAUAAGGCUUACAAAUCUGGUCAAAUUAACAAAGCUCUGGUGAAAUAUGCUUAUCUGGCCGAGUUAGGCUACGAAACAGCUCAGAGUAAUGUUGCAUAUAUACUUGAUCAAGAACUUGAUACGGUAAUGUCUGACGACUUUACGUAUCCUAGGGCAUUACUUUAUUGGACAAGAGCAGCUCAACAAGGUAACGUAGGUGCUCGAGUAAAAGUAGGAGACUAUUAUUAUUAUGGACAAGGUACUAAAGUCAAUUACGAGACUGCUGCUUUUCAUUAUACCGUGGCACAGGAACAGUUCAGAAGUGCCCAAGCAAUGUUCAACCUUGGUUAUAUGCACGAGAGGGGAUUGGGAAUGAAAAAGGAUAUUCAUCUUGCAAAAAGGUUUUAUGAUAUGGCUGCCGAAGCUAGUCCUGAUGCUCAGGCUCCAGUUACUUUAGCUCUGGCUAAACUUGGUGUGCUUUACAGUCUGGAUUGGAUAAAUAAUAACUACGACGUAUGGUCUCGUAUCCAUGUCAAUCUGGAUGAACGCUUAGGGACAAAUUGGGAUAUUUAUUUAAUGACAAUAUUGGCCAUCCUUGUUGGUCUCCUUAUCAUUCUACGUUGGAGAUAGCCGAUUAUUUUAUUGUCAGCUUUUUCCCUGCCAAUGUACAACAUACCGUUCAUAUGCACUCAAUUCAUAAAAUCAUGUGAGACUGACUGUAUAAAAGCACACAUAUUUAAUAAUGUCUUCAUUUUUUUGAGCGUGGAAUGUAGACGGUUAGGGUGUGUUCUGAACUACGCGUGCCGUUUUCGUCAUCAAUAUAAAAUUUUAAGUUGGUUACAGUUGAGUGCUUUACCUCAAAAUAAAUUUGCUUGUAAAAGUGAUAUUAAUCCACAUACUCAUAUAUUUAUCGACCAUUUCAAAAGUCAUUUACGUUUAUAUUUUGCUUGUCGACUUAAACCAGGAAUAUUAUUUUGGAUCGUGAUCUGUACUCAACGCUUUUAUUAGAAACUUUAUUGACAUAAGUUUAAUUUUUGAACGUUUACAUGGUCAUCCUGUCAUGUGGCUAUCUGGUGGCUGUAAUUAAUGAAAUUUUAUACAUUACAUUGUAGUAUUAUUACUACAACAUAAUAAA